AUGCGUGGAAUAGCAUUCAAGGACAUGGACCCUGCAGAUGCCAAGUGGUUGAAUCUUGAGCUACAACAAGUGCUGCUGCCACGUGUUAGUCCCGAUGCACAACCGAUCGAAAUAGAAGUGCACAGGGGGUCUAUCCCAGACUCAGCGAGUCGAGGUCGUUCGAGCAGUGGUGAGGCUGUUCAUUUUGCUGGGACAGAGGAGGUUCUCCCUGACGGGGCAGUCGCAGUCGAUAUACAAUGGCCGGAUGUGGAGGAGCUGUGGAGUUACGAUGCACACCCAGAAUAUGGGAUACGCCCUGCCUCGCAUGCAUCAUUGGUACUUGUACAGGCGUGGAACGGGGUUGAGGGCAUCGACAUAGAAGUCGCAGAUGACGAUCAAGAUCAACAAGCGAGGGCACUGCCAGAGGUGUUGCCCACCAGUGCGAGUGGAGUCACACCCUCGACAUCCAUGGUUGGCGAGGGUGUCAACGUGGAGCCAGCCGCGACAGGUGCGGCAAGAGGAGGGUGGCGGGAGCAAUGGUGA